AUGUAUCUGUGUAUUAACUAUAGGAAGCUGGCAAUCUCAACUCUGCUGUCGAUUUUCUCUAUUAUGCCAGCUACUUUUUUGACAAAUGAACUAAUAAAAAUAGAAUAUUACACGAGACGAGUAACUUAUUAUUUAACAGUUUGCUUGAUGUCUGUUUGCACGUUAUGGAUCAUAUUACCAAUUAUUAAUAAUAACAAAAAUAAAGAUGCAAUUGCGAACAAAACAGUUAUAAUGCAAACUAGUAUAUAUCUGUGGAUGCCUUUUGAUUAUGAAUAUAAUUACACGAAUUGGAUUAUUAUUCAUAUUAGUAAUACUUACGUUGCUACUACUGGAAGUAUUGUUCUGAUAAUGUUCAAUUUGGCCUUCAAUAUGGUCUUAUUUCAUCUAAUUGGCCACAUAAAAAACUUAAAAAGAAAACUUGAAAGGGAAUUUUCCAUGCCACUGACUGAGAAAGAGGUUAAACAAAAGCUUUCUGCUUUGGUGGAUUAUCAUAAUUUUAUAUUACGAAUUUUUGAGGAAAUUCAAGAUGCUUUUGGAUUACAUGUAACUGGGAAUUAUUGUCAGAAUUUAUUGGGGGACAGCCUUAUCUUAUAUCAAAUCAUGUUUGGGGAAGAAGGUUAUUGGUUGACCUAUGGGAUGAUGUUAUUAGCAUAUUUAGGUAGUCUUGUAUUGUUGUCUUUUGUAAUAGAGGAAAUACGUAUACAGAGUGACAUGUUGCCUGAUACAGCAUACAAUAUGGAAUGGCAGUGUAUGGAUGUUUCUAACAAAAAAAUAUUUGUAUUGAUCUUGGCGCGAAUGCAACCUCCUAUGGAAUUUAUUUCUGCAGGCGGACUUAUAGCUGGUGUACGACCAAUGAUUGCUAUUGUAAAAUCUACAUUUUCAUAUUACGUUAUGCUAAAAUCAACGGUCAACUCGUAA